AUGAGCUACUUCCCUUCACGAAAGCAAACUCCUCAUUCUAAUUCUUACCACAAGAGAAAUCAGUCUUACGUUGCACCUUCUGAAGAAGAAACCAAAAUUUACAAAACCCAAGACCCGACUCAUCCAGCGAGUUUAAAUUCUUCUCUUAUACUCGAACAUCAGACAAGUCCUUUAAAAAAGGUCUGGCGAUUAAUAAACCAUAGGCGGAGUAAAAGUGUUGAUAAAAAUCAACCUCCAGAAAAAUUAUUUUCAGAGUCCGAUGGAAAUAUUCGAGUAACCAUGACUGCAACUGAAAAAUAUUAUUUGAAUAUUAUAAAUGGGUGCAGAUCCAAUGAUAGUACUUUUAAUAGUGUGCAUUUCACCAAAGUACUUUUGGUAAAAAAUUAGUUGAAACAUGUUGAUAUUGAGACAUUUGACCGAAAAAACCUGUUAAAUUUCGAUGAAAUGUAUAUGCUGUCAAAAAUCCACUGUUAUUUGACAUGGAGCCAUUAUAAAAUACUCAAAAGCUUGAAAUCCAAAAAUUAAAUAAGGAGCUCGAAGUAAAAGGCCAAGAAAUUGAAAAAUUAAAAAGAGAAAACCAGGACCUAAAAUUACAAAAACCUCACAACAAAGCAGGAAAGAUUUCUUCAGAUCCUGCUAUAUAUCCUAGAAACCCAGCUUUUAAUCAAAAAAUAAUAAGAGUUAAAAAUAGCUUGUUUAGAUAA